CUGUCCGCGCCCCCGGUGCUGAACCAAGAUGGCCGGCGGCGGAGGCCGGGCCCCGGCGUGAGCAGAGCGCGGGCUGCAGCCCCCGCCAUGCCCCAGCCCAGCGGCAGCUAAGACCGACCUGACCGAGCCGGCCUGCCGGCGACUGCGGAGACAUGUCUCUCCUUUGCGUUGGAGUCAAAAAAGCCAAGUUUGAUGGUGCCCAAGAGAAAUUCAACACGUAUGUGACCCUGAAGGUACAGAAUGUCAAGAGCACGACCAUCGCCGUGCGGGGCAGCCAGCCCAGCUGGGAGCAGGAUUUCAUGUUCGAGAUUAACCGCCUGGAUCUGGGGCUGACAGUGGAGGUGUGGAACAAGGGUCUCAUCUGGGACACAAUGGUGGGCACCGUGUGGAUUCCCCUGAGGACCAUACGCCAGUCCAAUGAAGAGGGCCCUGGAGAAUGGCUGACCUUGGACUCUCAGGUCAUCAUGGCGGACAGUGAGAUCUGUGGCACUAAGGACCCCACUUUCCACCGCAUCCUCCUUGACACUCGCUUUGAGCUGCCUUUAGAUAUCCCUGAGGAGGAGGCACGCUACUGGGCCAAGAAGCUGGAGCAGCUGAAUGCUAUGCGGGACCAGGAUGAGUAUUCAUUCCAGGAUGAACAAGACAAGCCUCUUCCUGUCCCCAGCAACCAGUGUUGCAACUGGAAUUAUUUUGGCUGGGGUGAACAGCAGAACGAUGACCCUGACAGUGCAGUGGAUGAUCGUGACAGUGACUACCGCAGUGAGACAAGCAACAGCAUCCCACCACCCUAUUAUACUACAUCCCAGCCCAAUGCCUCGGUCCACCAAUAUUCUGUCCGCCCACCACCCCUGGGUUCCCGGGAAUCCUACAGUGACUCCAUGCACAGUUAUGAGGAGUUUUCCGAACCUCGUGCCCUCAGCCCCACAGGUAGCAGCCGUUAUGCCUCCUCAGGAGAGCUGAGCCAAGGCAGCUCACAGCUGAGUGAGGACUUUGACCCAGACGAGCAGAGCCUGCAGGGCUCUGAGCUGGAGGAUGAGCGGGACCGGGACUCCUACCACUCCUGCCACAGCUCAGUCAGCUACCACAAGGACUCGCCGCGCUGGGACCAGGAUGAGGAUGAGCUGGAUGAGGAGCUGGAUGAGGAGCUGGAUGAGGAGCUGGAGGACUUCCUGGAAGAGGAGGAGGAGGAGCUGCCUGAGGAUGAGGAAGAACUAGAGGAAGAGGAGGAGGUGCCAGAUGACAUCCGUGGCUACACCCAGCAGGAGGAGGUGGCUGUGGCUGAGCCCAAAGAAUUCAAGCGUGUCAGCCUCCCACCCGCUGCUCCUGAGAAGGACAAGGCUUCAGCUGUACCCUCGGGGGUCCCUGACGUGGCCAAGGCAGCCCCUGAGCCAGCCUUGCCUGAGGAGGUGCCUGCAACUGAGCAGGAGCUUGAGCCAGAGCCCCCCAAGGCUGAGGAGAGUUUCAGGCCACGAGAAGAUGAGGAAAUCCAGGAGGGUCAGGAUUCCAUGUCUAGGGCCAAGGCCAACUGGCUACGAGCCUUCAACAAAGUGCGACUGCAGCUGCAGGAGGCCCGGGGAGAAGGAGAGAUGUCCAAAUCCUUGUGGUUCAAAGGCGGCCCUGGCGGUGGUCUCAUCAUCAUUGACAGCAUGCCAGACAUCCGCAAGAGGAAGCCUAUCCCACUAGUGAGCGACCUGGCUAUGUCCUUGGUCCAGUCCAGAAAAGCAGGCAUCACCUCUGCCUUGGCAUCCAGCACUUUAAACAACGAAGAGCUGAAAAACCACGUUUACAAGAAGACCCUGCAAGCCUUAAUCUACCCCAUCUCGUGUACGACUCCGCACAACUUCGAGGUGUGGACGGCCACCACACCCACCUACUGCUACGAGUGCGAGGGGCUGCUCUGGGGCAUCGCGCGGCAGGGCAUGCGCUGUACCGAGUGCGGCGUUAAGUGCCACGAGAAGUGCCAGGACCUGCUCAAUGCAGACUGUCUGCAGCGGGCAGCGGAGAAGAGCUCCAAGCACGGAGCGGAGGACCGGACACAGAACAUCAUCAUGGUGCUCAAAGACCGCAUGAAGAUCCGGGAGCGCAACAAGCCCGAGAUCUUCGAGCUCAUCCAGGAGAUCUUUGCGGUGACCAAGACUGCGCACACGCAGCAGAUGAAGGCAGUCAAGCAGAGCGUCCUGGACGGCACAUCCAAGUGGUCGGCCAAGAUCAGCAUCACCGUGGUCUGUGCCCAGGGCUUGCAGGCAAAGGACAAGACAGGAUCCAGUGACCCCUAUGUCACCGUCCAGGUUGGGAAGACCAAGAAACGGACAAAAACCAUCUAUGGAAACCUGAACCCCGUGUGGGAGGAGAACUUCCACUUUGAAUGUCACAACUCCUCCGACCGAAUCAAGGUGCGCGUCUGGGAUGAGGAUGAUGACAUCAAAUCUCGAGUGAAGCAGCGGUUCAAGAGGGAAUCCGAUGACUUUCUGGGGCAGACGAUCAUCGAGGUGCGGACACUCAGUGGCGAGAUGGACGUGUGGUACAACCUGGACAAACGGACUGACAAAUCUGCUGUGUCGGGUGCCAUCCGGCUACACAUCAGUGUGGAAAUUAAAGGCGAGGAGAAGGUGGCCCCCUACCAUGUCCAGUAUACCUGUCUGCACGAGAACCUGUUCCACUUUGUGACAGACGUGCAGAACAAUGGGGUCGUGAAGAUCCCAGACGCCAAGGGUGAUGACGCCUGGAAGGUUUACUAUGAUGAGACAGCCCAGGAGAUUGUAGAUGAAUUUGCCAUGCGCUAUGGUGUUGAGUCCAUCUACCAAGCUAUGACCCACUUUGCCUGCCUCUCCUCCAAGUACAUGUGUCCCGGGGUGCCUGCGGUCAUGAGCACCCUGCUUGCCAACAUCAAUGCCUACUACGCACACACCACCGCCUCCACCAACGUGUCUGCCUCCGACCGCUUCGCCGCCUCCAACUUUGGGAAAGAACGCUUUGUGAAGCUCCUGGACCAGCUGCAUAACUCCCUAAGGAUCGACCUCUCCAUGUAUCGGAAUAACUUUCCAGCCAGCAGUCCAGAGAGACUCCAGGACCUCAAAUCCACUGUGGACCUUCUCACCAGCAUCACCUUCUUUCGGAUGAAGGUACAAGAACUCCAGAGCCCUCCCCGAGCCAGCCAGGUGGUGAAGGACUGUGUGAAAGCCUGCCUCAACUCUACUUAUGAAUACAUCUUCAACAACUGUCAUGAACUCUAUAGUCGAGAGUACCAGACAGACCCGGCCAAGAAGGGGGAAGUUCCUCCAGAAGAACAGGGCCCCAGCAUCAAGAACCUCGACUUCUGGUCCAAGCUGAUCACUCUCAUCGUGUCCAUCAUUGAGGAAGAUAAGAAUUCCUACACUCCCUGCCUCAACCAGUUUCCCCAGGAAUUGAACGUGGGUAAAAUCAGUGCCGAAGUGAUGUGGAAUCUGUUUGCCCAGGACAUGAAGUAUGCCAUGGAGGAGCAUGAUAAGCAUCGUCUAUGCAAGAGUGCCGACUACAUGAACCUCCACUUCAAGGUCAAAUGGCUCUACAAUGAGUAUGUGGCAGAGCUUCCUGCCUUUAAGGACCGAGUGCCUGAGUACCCUGCGUGGUUUGAGCCCUUCGUCAUCCAGUGGCUAGAUGAGAAUGAGGAAGUGUCCCGUGAUUUCCUGCAUGGAGCCCUGGAGCGAGACAAGAAGGAUGGGUUCCAACAAACUUCAGAGCAUGCCCUAUUCUCCUGCUCCGUGGUGGACGUCUUCUCACAGCUCAACCAGAGCUUUGAGAUCAUCAAGAAACUCGAGUGUCCUGACCCCCAGAUCGUGGGGCACUACAUGAGGCGCUUUGCCAAGACCAUCAGUAAUGUGCUCCUCCAGUAUGCGGACAUCAUCUCCAAGGACUUUGCCUCCUACUGCUCCAAGGAGAAGGAGAAAGUGCCCUGCAUUCUCAUGAACAACACUCAGCAGCUUCGAGUUCAGCUAGAGAAGAUGUUCGAAGCUAUGGGAGGGAAGGAGCUGGAUGCUGAGGCCAGUGACAUCUUGAAAGAGCUGCAGGUGAAACUCAACAAUGUCUUGGAUGAGCUCAGCCGGGUGUUUGCUACAAGCUUCCAGCCACACAUUGAGGAGUGUGUCAAGCAGAUGGGUGACAUCCUUAGCCAGGUGAAAGGCACAGGCAAUGUGCCAGCCAGUGCCUGCAGCAGUGUGGCCCAAGAUGCCGACAAUGUGCUACAACCCAUCAUGGACCUGCUGGACAGCAACUUGACUCUCUUUGCCAAAAUCUGUGAGAAGACGGUGCUGAAGCGAGUGCUGAAGGAGUUAUGGAAGCUGGUCAUGAACACCAUGGAGAAGACCAUCGUCCUGCCGCCCCUCACCGACCAAACGAUGAUCGGCACCCUCUUGAGAAAACAUGGCAAGGGAUUAGAAAAGGGCAGGGUGAAAUUGCCAAGCCACUCAGAUGGAACUCAGAUGAUCUUCAAUGCAGCCAAGGAGCUGGGUCAGCUGUCUAAACUCAAGGACCAUAUGGUAAGAGAAGAAGCCAAGAGCUUGACCCCGAAGCAAUGUGCAGUUGUCGAGCUGGCCCUGGACACUAUCAAGCAAUACUUCCAUGCGGGUGGUGUGGGUCUCAAGAAAACUUUCCUGGAGAAGAGUCCAGACCUGCAGUCCCUGCGCUAUGCCCUGUCCCUCUACACUCAGGCCACCGACCUGCUUAUCAAGACAUUCGUGCAGACGCAGACCGGCCAGGUCCAUGGUGGAAAAGGGACUAGGUUUACCCUUAGUGAAGACAUUUAUCCUGAGAAGGGCUCGGGUGUGGAAGAUCCUGUGGGUGAAGUCUCCGUCCAUGUUGAGCUCUUCACUCAUCCAGGAACUGGGGAACACAAGGUCACAGUGAAAGUGGUGGCUGCCAAUGACCUGAAGUGGCAGACUUCUGGCAUUUUCCGGCCAUUCAUCGAGGUCAACAUCAUUGGGCCCCAGCUCAGCGACAAGAAACGCAAAUUUGCGACCAAAUCCAAGAACAACAGCUGGGCCCCUAAGUACAAUGAGAGCUUCCAGUUCACGCUGAGUGCCGACGCGGGCCCCGAGUGCUACGAGCUGCAGGUGUGCGUCAAGGACUACUGCUUCGCGCGUGAGGACCGCACGGUGGGGCUGGCCGUGCUGCAGCUGCGCGAGCUGGUCCAGCGAGGGAGCGCCGCCUGCUGGCUGCCGCUCGGCCGCCGCAUCCACAUGGACGACACGGGCCUCACGGUGCUGCGCAUCCUGUCGCAACGCAGCAACGACGAAGUGGCCAAGGAGUUCGUCAAGCUCAAGUCGGACACGCGCUCCACCGAGGAAGGCGGGGCCGCGCCUGCCCCCUAGUGCGGGGCGCGCGGCCGAGCCAACACUGCGCUUGCGCAGAGCGUGCGGGGUGGGGCGGCGCCUGCGCGCUAGGACUUCCGAGAGGGCGGGUCUCUGCUGAGGGCGGACUGCCCCUGCGGCUUAGAUUUAGCUUCCCCUUCUGGGGAAAUGUGAAUGGCAACACCCUGUGCCCUCAGGAGGCCACGCCCUAGGGCACAGGGAAGGAAGAAGCCACCUUCCCCCUACUUGAGGCCACGUCCCCAGCGUCUAGGAGGCCUUUCGAGCUGAGAUGGGAGGAAAACUCGCCCCCUAUAGAGGAGGCUAGGUCCCAGGGGUGUGGUACUGGGAGGCCUCGCCUCCUGCCCCCUGGAAAAGCCAUAAAUAAGAUGGGUCCCCAACUCUUGGGGCCCAAGACCAAUUUGCCAAGUAUAGAACUCUCAGCUCCCUCGAGGGGCGGGCCCUGGGCAAGGGGCAAGGGCUUCCUGGAGCGCCCCCUGGGUUGGUCUGUGGGCUGGAGGGUUAGGAUGGUGGUUGGAGAACAUCCGUGGACCGGAGACCCUUUUGAUGUUUGUGCAAAAAAAUAAACGGGGAGCGGGGGAGGAUGGGAUUUCAAAAGCACAUGCGCCCUCGGGCGCCCAAACCCUGGAGGUCAAGGGGACAGCUCUGGGGCACCCAUGCUGCCCCCACUUCCCUGUGGGGGGUUGCCUCCCCUUUUCCCCCCACAUACCCAGUACUCAUAUUAUAGAAUUCAACCCAUCCAUUUGACAGAUUGCAAAACCGAGGCCAAAAGAGAUGCUUGAGACAUGGCCGAGGGUCCCAGUGCCAUACCCUCCCCACUCCCUUUAGCCUGUGUGCCCCAUCCGAAGGGUGAGCUGAGAUCGGAUGACCCGAUACAGCUCCCCAGUUGCUGCUAACCCCCUUCAGGGGACCUCCCCUAAUCCUUAAAGGGAUGGGAAUCCUGGGCCAAGGCCCUCAGUGCCCCCUCCCACCUCUGGCUGCCAAGCAAAACCCCUGCCCUCAGCCCUUUCCAAGGGGGAGAUAACCUGAGAACUCUCGACCUGCCAAAAAAAAAGAGUGAAGAUGUGGGAUUCCCUGGACCCAGCCCCCAACCCCAAGCCCUCCUUCCUCCCUUAGAAUGCUCCAGUCAGGAAAGAAGAGAGACCAGAAACUAGGGUUUGUGUGUGAGAGAGAGAGAGAGAGAAUAUACAAACUUACUGGGAGCUUACUCCCCCAGACCUCAUUCAUUCAUUCAGACACACAGGCCACAGAAUAUCCCCAGGUGGGGCCUCUAGAUGCCUGGAGCUCUUCUCUAUCAGAGAUGAUGAAGCAGUUUGGCCAGAGUCAAAUUUCCCCAUUUUAGCUCACACAGGCAUUUUGGGAAAGUUUGACAUGACUCAUCUUUGCUCAGGAUCUGCUUUUCUACCAUGGACCAGUGUGUAUAUGCCAUGAUUUUUUUUCUGCCAGAUUGAUAAGUACAGGGUUGUGCUGGGUUAGGGAGAAAUCGAAACAUAGGGAUGAGAUGAGGAGUAACUGGGCUCCUGGAGUUGGGAUGGGGGGGCUACAUCAGAUAGGGAAGGUGGGAAGGAACAACCAACUGGAGAGAAAAGAGUGCCAGGCAGAGUGAAUAGCAGGUGCAAAGGCUAAGAGGUGGGCUGACUUGAAGCAUAGCCAGGUCAGCCUGGCUGGGGUUAAGUCAGCUAGGAAGGGGAUGGGGGACAGUAAUGAGAUAGGGGAACUUUGCCGAGGUAUCAGAACAGGUGGGGUCUUGUACAUCACCCUGAAGAGUUUUGAUUUCACCCUAGGCUGGGUAUUUAAAAGGAGAAUUUAAAGCUGAAGAGAGUCUGGAUUUCAGCUUUCAAAAUCUCCCUGUGGCUACCUCGUGAAGAAUGGAAUGAGGUGGUGGUGGGUGGUGGGGGAGAGGGGGCAGGCAGGGACAAAGUACUUUCAAGACACUGAAAUUAAUUCUUGGAAAGAUUUUGGAGGAUGUAUUAAAAAGAAAAAGUGAACUCUACCUUAGAUGAACCCCAGAAUCCCUAGGUACAGAGAAGUCCUAGUUGUGCACUGCCCAAGGGUUUGGCACCUGUAAGGAGGCCAUGUGCAAACUGAAUGUUGCAUGUUUAUGGUGAUGGUUUCCCGUUAUGUGAACAAGAGUCUGGAAGAAGCAGCAGUAUUUUCUAAUUUACCUGGAAGUAUUUUAAUGUGUCCCCUAACUUCAGGCAGUUUUCAGUGACUGAAGGUUCUGAACCAGAGAUGAGGACGAAGUUCUCAUUCAGGACAGUUGCGGGGGUGGGGGUGGGGCGCCACGGUGCCAAGGGCAAGGGACAGGCUGGGAGUUGGCUUAGAGGGAACUUGGAGUCUCCUUCCUAAUGACUAAGAAGCAGUUUUGAACUGAGAGGUGGAGGUGGGCUGGAUGGCUGACUUGGGGUUGAGAACACCAGCAACACCCAAGGGAAGGUAAUCUGUGAUCUGGGGUGGGCUCUGAAAAAUUAUUUGGAUGACUGGCAGGAAAAGGGGGAGUUGAGCUGCUGCUAGAGAGAGCCAAGGUGUUUCCAAAAAAAUUCACUGUGAGGCUCUCUGGUCAAGGCAUGUGUGCCUGUGUGUUUGUGUGUGUGUGUGUGUGUGUGUGUGUGUGUGUGUGUGUGUGUGUAGGGUUCCCCAGUACUGGCCUAGGCACGUGGAAAGAACCUCAGGGAGUAUUUAUCGAAGUACUUUUUCUGACUCCCAGGCAAGAACUGUUAUGGAAACUUCCUCCUUUCCCCCCUCCCGGCCCCGCCCAAGAACUCUUAUUUGUUCCUCAAAACACAUCACAAAUGUUCCCUCCUGAUUCUCGAACCCCUCAGAACUUCCCCAGCCUCUGUCCCUCCUCCUAUGUCCGUCCCUUCCCCAGCCUCUGUCUCUGAUGCCGUGGGGGUGUCUUUGAAAGGCUCUCUUUCCCCCUAGAUGGGGGUAUGUGGCCUCUUGAGGGCCCCAAGUUCGCCCAGCACAGGCUGGGCACAGCAAGGUGGCAAGGAAAGAAGGACUGGUUGAGUUAUGUCUCGCGCAGGGGGCUCUGCUUGUGUGCCUGCGUAUCCGGGUGUGUGUCUAUACCAACCUUUCCCUCCCACACAGAUCUGGGUACACAGGAGGUGUUCUAGCCAGACUGGUCGAGCCACAGAACAUGCAGGAAGGAGAAUGGAAGUGUUUGAAAUCCAGACAUUCCUGUAUUAGAACAACAAGGCUCGGGAGAGGCACAGGGCUUUCCCCAAGGCCAGCCAGCAUUAGAUGAUCCCUUUGAGCUUUCACCACUUUGUCCAAGGUUCUGAGCCCAGCCAGGAUUUGGGGGACUUCAUUUGGACCUCUCUCCAUGCCAGGAGAUCACCCCAGAGUUCUGUGGUUUGUGGAAAGGAUAAAGUAGGGGUGUAGUGGGAUGGGGGUGUGUGAGACACUGAAGGACAUCUUGAUAGAGGCAAUCCCCCCCUUCAAAAGGGACAGAGACACUGAGUAAGGACACGAAGAGAGAAGAGGGAGAGCUGUACAGCAGAAAUUGACAGAACAUUGUAAUCCACUAUAGUUUUAAAAACAAUAAAAAUCUUAAAAAAAAAGGGGGGGAGGGAAAGACAGAGGGGCACAGGGGGAAAAUAAGGAGGGUAAGAUCACCCCCAGUUGGGGACAGCCAGAGCUGUGAAAUGGAGAGAGACUCAGAACUGGGGAGAUGGAUUGACAGAGAAGAGAGAAAAAGCAAAAUCUGUUCUCCCUGGCUCUCAUCUCAAAGGGUAUACCUAAAAUGAGGAGGUGCCCAGCUGUCCACCCUAAUCCUGGCUCUCAGGCACCAACCUGGAACCUCACCGUGCCCCCAUCAGAGAUGCAAAAAAAACAAAACCUUAACACCCAACCAGAAAUCCUUGGGACCUCUCUUGGCUGGGACCUCAGAGACCUGUCCCCCACCUCCUGUGCUGUCCAUUUUGCAGAUGGGAACACUGGGGCAAAGCGGAGACAGCCCAGAGUUGCCCUAACUCUGCUGCCCAGGUGGAGAGGGAGGAGAGCUCCCUGAGAGGCUCAUCCACAUUGUGACCCCUGCUGUCCUCUGAACAUCCUUUCCUAAGAACUGUCAAGGACCAAAGUCAUCUUUUGCUGACACAUGUUGCUUUUCUCUUUGCCUUUUUUUUUUUUUUUUAAGAGACAAAUCAAGUUGAUGGUGUCGAGUAAGACCCCCUCCAUCUUCCUCACCCGACCUGCCCCACCCAGCCAUAUUGGCUCACUGGAGAGACACAGGUCACAGGCGGCAGGUCCCCAUACAUCCUCAGCCACACAGCCAGGGGAACUCAGACCCCAUCCCUGGCCCCGGCCCCCUGAGACCGCCCCCCCGAACCUGGCCAUGCAGUCCAGGGAGGUUCUUCCUCCACACAUCUUCUCUAAGCAUGUGAUUGUAAAUGUAAAUCAAAGCAAUGUUUGUUGUUGUUUUAAUUCCAUCCCGUCAGUCCGGUAUCUGCACAGAUGCCCCCAUUUCUCUGUAAAUAUGUGACUUGGAACAAAUGUUUAAAAACCAAUGAGAAGUGGUCAUGAAUGCAUGGUGUUGAGAUGUUUUGCACUAUUCUGAUUUUUUGGUCUCUGUAAAAAUAUUUUAUUAACAGCAGACAUUAAAAAAAGAAAAAGGACACAGCUUUA